UUGGGACAUAAGUUAGGAAGAUUUACUAAACCUAAACUGGGGUUUAGUGAAGGUAAAAUGAUUCAACCCCCAGUGUGCGUGGGUGUGUGUGUGUGUGUGUGAGGGCUCAUCCAGCUGUGAGUCCAGACCCGCCCAUUCAUCGAAAGCGCCCGGGGGUCCUCCGAUGUGGAUUGACCGGCCUGUCAUCCAAUGAAAACCCGCCAAAGCGUGACUCACCCUCCACUGUUUCCAAUGGAAGCGCCGCGGAGAGGCGGGCCACAGGAAGCACACUUGGUUGAAUGGCCAUUAAAGCUGCAAUCAGCGGUAAAAACAUGCUAUGAUGCCGCGCUCGAAACAGACACCGAGCGGUUUGUCCGAUGCUGCGAGCGCGCACAUUGGCACCGGGUAGAUACUUAAUGAAAUGCUGCCGCACAGUCGCGGUUUCGUUGCGCACGGAGUCAGGCUACAAAUGAAAUCCGGAGUCGCUCUCUGGGGGAUUGGACAGUGAUGGACAGCUGUUGGACACUGAUUCGGCGCAGAGUGUUAACUGACCGUGCGGCGAUAAACUGACCGUGUGGUGACACAGGGCUGUACUAUGGAGCAAGGAGCUGUUGUUCGCUGCUGCUGCUGCUGCUGCUGCAGGAGGAGAAGGAGGAGGAGCGGCUGAGUUUUCUCCUGCGCUCUGAUCAGCGCAAGUGUGCGAGGAUCGUGAUGAUGCUUUUUGGCCAAACGUGAGGCUCCACUGUCAUCCACGCUGCAGUGUUUGGUCAGUCCAGGUGAAUUCAGACUUGACGGGACCAGAUACGAGCUGCCAACAUGACGCUCGCUUUUAUUAUUUCUCCCAAAGCGAUUAUUUUUACACAAACCGUUUACAAGAGGACAGCAAACAUGUCCGCAGAUCUAACGGGUGUACGGCGUGAUUGAUGGUGUUGCGCUACGAUGAUGAUCUCCAGGGAGGAUCUGAUUUGUGAAAUGGCUUUAAACAUCUACAACACCCGCUGCCGUGCAGCCUCUCAGUGGAUGGCAGUUAAUUGGGCCCAAUGAUGUGGAGACAAAUCCACCUGGACUAUAAUGUUCCCUCCUCUCUGCGAAACUGACUCCUCUGUGACUUUUGCGCAUGUUCAAUAGUUUUUUUUUAUUCCCAGAGCUUUUAUCACUCCUGCUAAUUGUUUUUGCAUAAUCCCAUUUCAAAAUAUUGUUUUGCCACUUUAGUUGGAGAGUAAAUAUGUGGCAUAUUGUAGGUUAUUGACACUACUUUUUAAGAUUGGAAGAGUUUUGAUUGCGGCCAAAUAUGGGAUAUUCAACUUACAACAGGCAUUUGUUGCCCCUCAUUUUUGGGACUUAAUAGUUUCCUGACAUUUUUUGUCACUGGAGCAAAAGUUAUCCUUAUUGAAGCACAUUGUGUUCACAUUGCGAUGUCCAGAUCUAACAGUGUCAGCCCACCCGGAGUUGGUGCGCCUGGUUUGAGGGGAGGGACCGAGCUCAGAUCAGCGUGGGGAGAGUCUGAGUCCGUGGCCAACGGGUGCCCAUACUCAGCCAGAUCCCCGCGCAAGAAGCUCACCCGGACUAACAGUCGGUGGAGAGACGACGAUGAUCUGGAGCACCGGCAGCCCGGGCGCGCCACCACGACCGUCAGCAGGGUCAGCUUCAGGUCCAGGUCGGCUUGGCAGGACCAUGGCGAGGAGAACCGAGAGCGCGCGUCCCCUAAACGUCCAGACGACGAGGUGAGACCCAAGUCUGUGGAGCUGGGUCUGGAGGAGCGGAGAGGCAAGCACCCGAGGACCAACGAGGAGGAGGUCAUGCCCGAUGUGAACUUUUCUUUAGUGGCGUGCUGCACCGGCGUCAUGCACAUUUUCAAAUCCAAGAAAUUCCAGUCGGAGAAGUUGGAGCGGCUCUACCAGCGCUACUUUUUCCGCCUCAACCAGAGCAGCUUGACCAUGCUGAUGGCGGUGCUGGUGCUGGUCUUCACGGUCAUGCUGGGCUUCCACUGCUCCGGUGGACCAGCGAGGCCGAGCGUCACGUUCGUGGUGGUGUUUUCUGUUGCCAUUUUCCUCACACUCGUACUCAUAGUGGUGUGCAACAGGAACGGGUUCCACCAGGACCAUAUGUGGAUUGUGUGUUACGUGGUGAUCCUUCUGGUGCUGGUGAUCCAGGUGAUCGGGGUGCUGCUGGUACAGCCCAGAAGCGCCUCAGAGGGAAUCUGGUGGACCGUGUUCUUCAUCCAUGUCAUCUACACUCUGCUGCCGGUCAGGAUGCGCGCCGCAGUCAUCACUGGAGUUAUACUUUCUGCCAUCCACGUGGCUGUUUCCUGGGUUUUAAACGGCAUGGACAGCUUUCUGUGGAAGCAGAUAGUUUCCAACGUGCUAAUCUUCUCCUGUACCAACAUCGUGGGAGUGUGCACCCAUUACCCCGCCGAGGGCUCCCAGAGGCAGGCCUUCCAGGAGACAAGGGAAUGCAUUCAAGCUCGCCUUCACUCCCAGAGGGAAAACCAGCAGCAGGAACGUCUCCUGCUCUCAGUGCUUCCCCGCCAUGUUGCCAUGGAGAUGAAAGCUGAUAUAAACGCCAAGCAGGAGGACAUGAUGUUUCACAAGAUCUACAUCCAGAAGCAUGACAAUGUCAGCAUCCUAUUUGCAGACAUCGAAGGUUUCACCAGUCUGGCUUCCCAGUGCACGGCACAGGAGUUGGUGAUGACCCUCAAUGAACUUUUUGCCCGUUUUGACAAACUGGCAGCGGAGAACCACUGUCUACGCAUCAAGAUCCUGGGAGACUGCUACUACUGUGUGUCUGGGUUGCCAGAGGCGAGGGCCGACCACGCCCACUGCUGUGUGGAGAUGGGCUUGGACAUGAUUGAGGCCAUCUCGCUGGUGCGGGAGGUGACUGGCGUGAAUGUGAACAUGCGAGUGGGUAUCCACAGCGGCAGGGUCCACUGUGGGGUGCUGGGACUCAGGAAGUGGCAGUUUGAUGUCUGGUCCAAUGACGUCACAUUAGCUAAUCAGAUGGAAGCUGGGGGCCAAGCUGGACGUAUUCACAUCACUAAAGCCACUCUAAAUUACCUGAAUGGGGACUAUGACGUGGAGCCAGGAACAGGAGGAGAAAGAAAUGCCUACCUGAAGAAGAACAACAUAGAAACCUACCUUAUUGUGGGCUGCAGUCAAAAAAGGAAAGAGGAAAAGGCGAUGAUUGCCAAAAUGAAUCGACAAAGGACUAAUUCUGUCACACACAACAGUGGACACUGGACUGACCGUCCAUUCUACAACCAUCUGGGCGGAAAUCAGGUCUCCAAGGAGAUGAAGAGGAUGGGAUUUGAAGACCCCAAGGACAAGCAUUUCAUUUUCAGAAACACACAAGAAAACCUGAACCCCGAAGACGAAGUGGACGAGUUCCUCGGCCGCGCAAUUGACGCACGCAGCAUUGACCGUCUGCGCUCUGAACAUGUCAAGAAGUUCCUGCUCACCUUCAGAGAGCCUGACCUGGAGAAAAAGUACUCCAAACAGGUGGACUCGAGGUUCGGGGCCUAUGUGACCUGCGCCUCCCUCGUCUUUCUCUUCAUCUGCUUCAUCCAGAUCGUCAUUGUUCCACCCUCCAGCCUGAUGAUCGGCUUCUUCAUCACCUGUCUCAUUAUCCUGACGGCUGUUAUGUUCGUCUCGGCUGUUUACUGCUGUUUUGGGCUGUUUCCAGUCCCUCUGCAGAUGCUUUCAAAGAGAAUAGUCCAGUCGAGACUGAACAGCACGAUCGUGGGCGUCUUCACUCUCAUCGUUGUUUUUCUGUCUGCUUUCAUCAACAUAUUCACCUGCAGCAGCCUGGACCUGCGCAGUUGCAUCACAGCAGAGCUCAACAUCAGUCUGGACAGUGUGAACUCCUGCCACGCCUACAUCCUUAACUACAGCCUGGACACACUGCACAGCCCCUGUAGAGAUGACGGUCUCAUCUGCAGCUUUCCCGAGUACUUCUCGUCGUGCGUGCUGCUGAGCCUGUUAGCCUGCUCAGUCUUCCUGCAGGUCAGCAGCAUCGGCAAACUCUUCCUCAUGCUCUUCAUCGAGCUGCUCUACAUUGUUAUCAUGGAAGUGCCCAAAGUGAGCCUCUUUGACAACCAGGACCUGCUGGUCAUGGCCAACGCUAUCAACAUUGCCGAGCACAUGAAUGGAACAAGCUGUGUGGUGGACUCCAAGGUCCCACUGAAGAUCAUGACCCCGGUCAUCAUCACCGUCUUUGUUCUCGCGCUCUACCUUCAUGCCCAGCAGGUGGAGUCCACAGCCAGACUGGACUUCCUCUGGAAGCUGCAGGCCACUGAGGAGAAGGAGGAGAUGGAGGAGCUGCAGGCCUACAAUCGCCGCCUGCUCCACAACAUCCUUCCCAAAGACGUCGCUGCGCACUUCCUCCAGCGCGAGCGGCGGAAUGACGAGCUGUACUAUCAGUCGUGCGAGUGCGUCGCGGUCAUGUUCGCCUCCAUCAGCAACUUCUCCGAGUUUUACGUGGAGCUGGAGGCCAACAGUGAGGGAGUCGAGUGUCUGAGGCUGCUCAAUGAGAUCAUCGCAGACUUUGAUGAGAUCAUCAGUGAGGAUCAGUUCCGUCAGCUGGAGAAGAUCAAGACCAUCGGCUCCACCUACAUGGCGGCGUCCGGCCUCAACGACUCCACGUACGACAAGGCCGGGCGCUCACACAUCCGCGCUCUGGCCGACUACGCCAUGAGACUGAUGGACCAGAUGAAAUACAUCAAUGAGCACUCCUUUAACAACUUCAAGAUGAAAAUAGGUCUUAACAUUGGCCCUGUGGUUGCCGGGGUGAUCGGGGCCAGGAAGCCACAGUAUGACAUCUGGGGAAACACAGUGAACGUGGCCAGUCGCAUGGACAGCACAGGCGUACCAGAGAGGAUCCAGGUAACCGCUGACCUUUACCAGGUGCUGAGCUCCUACAACUACACACUGGAGUACAGAGGCGUGGUCACAGUCAAGGGGAAAGGAGAGAUGAUGACCUAUUUCCUCACCAGUGGACCCCCCAGCAGUUAACCUACACUUGGGGACAAACGAGACCCAUGUGGGUGAAGCGCCAUAACUCUGCCUCUCUUAUAACAAGCAGCCUCAUGGACCUCUGAGGACAAGUGACGCGUCUCUUCUCACCGCGCAGAAACCCUCCUAAAACCCACUGAGGCCACAACGAGUCAGGAUGAGAAAACUCAUCCCAAAAGCUCGGCUUGCGGAGGAGACUGAGUGGGAGGGGCCAAGCAAGCCUGACUCUGACAGGGAGACCAAAGAUGUCCAGCUGGAGUGCAAAGACAGAUUUCACCAGCCAACGCGAGGUCCUGAUGGAAAAAUGUUCUCCAAGAAAUUAGAUUUGCUUCCAUCUGCCAGAUUUUUCUGACAGGUUUGGACAAACCCGCAGGACGACAUAAAAAAACGGUGUCACUUCCUCUAUCGCUCUGCCUUUCUCCUGCUGACGUACGCGUGCACAUGUAAAACACACAGUUUUAUGUGUCUGUAUAUGAUUUUGUGUCAUGUAUGUAAAACACAUGUUUUUGUCCAUGUUGUGGUGAUGCAGGUACAAAUCUCACAAAGUGUGGACUCUCACCACAGCUGACGCCACAACACUCCCCGCGCUUGGAUCAGUCUCUCUGAUCACGGCAGCGAUUAUUGGAUUAGGUGUUAUAGGCAUUGCACUAAGUUGUGUUUUAUCAGUGAAGAGCGAGCGCUGCAGGCGAGGACGUCCCUCAGAGACAGCUUGGACUCUGUUUUUGUAUAAAUAGACAGAGAAAAAAAAAUGCUCCACAGUGUUUACAGAAAGCCUCCCAUCAGAUUUAUGAAAUGACAAAGUCACACUGCAGUAUCAACGUCGUACACACUAAGAGGAUGUCAACGAAGAGCUUUUUCUAAUCUUUGACAUUUUGUAUUUUGACUUCAGAACAACAAAACCCCCUAUCAGAUAUUUUAAGAUUCUAUAUUUUGUACAUUAAUAUAUUAGAGAGCUAUCUAUAAACACCAAUGUGUAUUCAGAUGUACAUACACUAUCACUCUCAUGUCUGGAUUUCAGAAACCCUCACUUGUGUUGCCUGGUCGUAAAAGUGGAGCUGACACACCAUUAACUAAGACACCCUAAAUACCCCUUUUUUUUGUUUUAGUUUGGUUUCUUUUACUCGCUCUUUUCACCAAAUCGAGCAUUUCUGAUGCGCAGGAAGUCGUUUCUGAUGAUUUCUCUUAACUUUUGCGUUUUCUCACAGUGAGGAGGAGGCUUUAAACCGAGCCAGGGCGCACGGGACAUGAGGACAAGGACACAUCAGCCUCGGUGCUCAAAAAGCCAUUUUGCAUUCAUCCACCCACCACACAGCUCCACACCCCCCCCCCCCCCCACAUCCUCCUCUCUUGCUUGCUCAAUCAGAUGGUACGACCCAAUGAAUGUCCAAUGAUCUCCGAUGAGGCCUUUAACAUGAACUCUGAACUAAUGAUUGUGAUGAUACUCAUCCUGUGGUCAGGGAAAGACAAGCUCAUAAGGAAAUCUGCCCGUUUUACUGUAUUUUUCAUUCCCUAUCAGUGUGUUUUCAGCAUUACAUACAUUACUCAUUACACAUCAUUUGACCAAACUGUCUUCAACAUGGCUGUCCUAUUGGAUUUCAGUGAAACAAAUCACUACAGCUAGUUCUGUUUGUCUUGGCUGAGUCACAGUGUCAGGUUUUCAUAUACAACAUACAUGAGGUGGAUGCUUAAAGGAUAAGGAUAACAUUAUUCCAUUUGUUUUAAUGGUCAACACACUGAAAAUCUCAUGAAAACAACAAAAUCAACAAUGUUGUAGUUUCUGACUUUCUCUGAUUCAGAGAGGAGUAAAUGGGAUUAUUUAUGUAUAAUUUAAUACACAUUCCUUGAACAUGGGUUUCACUUUAAGGUCCGGUGUGUGACAUUUAGGAGGUUUUAUGAGCA